GGCCUUAGUUCUGGGACCCCUGCAAUACAGCAUUAAACAUUAAAAACUUCCCCAAACAGGGCUGCCUUCAGAUGUCUUCUAAAAGUAAAAUAGUUCUUUAUCUCCUUGACAUCUGAUGAGAGGGCAUUCCACAGGGAGGGUGCCACCACCGAGAAGGCCCUCUGCCUGGCUCCCUGAAACCUCACUUCUGGCAGUGAGGGAACCACCAGAAGGCCCUUGGAGCUGGACCUCCCAUGUCUGGGCUAAAUGAUGGGGGGGGGGGACACACGCCCUCUGCAUGAUCUAAAAGCCUCACGUUCAGAAGCCUUUCCUCCUAUGGAAAGCAACGAGGCGCUUCCUCUCUGCACCUAGGGCUUGUGUGCGUGCGAUGCAGCUGGGGUGGCUCUGCUGCGAAGCUUCUUCCUCCUGGCCCACAGGAAAUGGAACAAGUUUGGUGCAGUUAAAAACAGGAACUUGUUGGGGCUCAGCUUUGCAGCCGAAACCGGGGUCGAAGUCGGCACAGAGGAGCAAUCGCCAAGGGCUUCGGAAGUCAGCUUUCAGAACCAAGAUGUGGAAGGCCGUGGCGGGACACAAUGUGUCCGUGAAGGUGGAGCCCCAAGGAGACGACUGGGACACAGACCCGGAUUUUGUGAAUGACAUCUCGGAGAAAGAGCAGAGGUGGGGGGCGAAAACCAUCGAGGGCUCCGGCCGCGGAGAGCACAUCAACAUCCACAAGCUGAGGAGCAAAGUGUCCGAGGAACAUGAAGUUCUCAAGAAGAAGGAGUUGGAGGCAGCACCCAAGGCGUCCUACGGUUACGGGGGCAAGUUUGGCACGGAGAAGGACCGCAUGGACAAGAGUGCUCUGGGCCAUGAGUAUGUUGCUGAAGUGGGAAUGCACUCAUCUCAGACAGAUGGAGCCAAAGGCUUCGGAGGAAAGUACGGGGUGCAGAGGGACCGAGCAGACAAGUCGGCUCUCGGUUUUGAGUACAAGGGUGAAGUUGAGAUGCACACCUCCCAGAAAGAUUACUCCAUUGGCUUUGGGGGCAAGUACGGUGUGGAAAAGGACCGCCAAGACAAAUCUGCCCUGAGCUGGUCGCACAAAGAGGAAUCGAAACCCCACGAGUCCCAGACAGAUCACGCCGUUGGCUUUGGGGGCAAGUACGGGGUGCAAAAAGACCGCCAAGACAAGUCUGCCCUGAGCUGGUCACACAAGGAGGAAUCGAAACCCCACGAGUCCCAGACAGAUCAUGCCAAGGGAUUUGGGGGCCGCUAUGGGGUGCAGAAGGACCGGGUGGACAAGAGCGCUGCUGGUUUCAACGAGAUGGAAGCUCCAACUUCCUCGUAUGAGAAGACAAUGCCUGUGGAGGCCGCUUCUGCUGGAGCAGGGAACCUGAGGCAGCGGUUCGAGAGCAUGGCCAAGUCAGCCGAGGAAGAUAACCGGAAGAGGGCAGAGGAGGAGCGAGCGCGUCGGCAGGCCCGGGAGAAGCAGGAGCGCCAGGCAGCCCAGAAGCAGUUGCAGGAGCAGGAGGAGCAAGGCCAACAGGAGCAGGAGGAAACCCAGAGAAGUGAGGAGCCAAGGAGCAAGGCUCCAGCCCCAAGACUCUUGCCAGGGCCCAUGAAAAUGGACAGAGAGGUCCUUGGCUUGCCCCCUGUGCCACCGCCAGCCCCUGAGCACCAGGCGGCGCCAGAAGAGGAAGAGGAACGCCCUCCAGAUCUUCCUCCACGGAGCCUGCCCUGGGACGAGGGCGUUGCAGAGCCCCCCAAGCCGACUUACAUGCCGCCGCCGCCGCCGCAACCUGUAGACACGCAAAGCCAGGACUACGGCGGUGACUAUGAGGAAGUUGGGGGGCCCUUUGACCGCCAGGAGCCGCCCAGCUUGGAUGAGGAUUACGCCGACGGUGGGGACUACGAGGAGAUGCCGGGCGGCCUUGAUGGGGACGAAAGCAUCUACGACAAUGCUCUGGAUGCUGACCAGGAAGACUACGAGGUGAUCCCGGAUCAGGUCCUCAGCAACCGCGGGGGAGCGCCCUCGGCAGGAGCGAGCCAGUCAGGGCUGUGUGCUCGGGCCCUCUACGAUUACCAGGGAGAGGGGGAUGAUGAGAUUUCCUUUGACCCUGGAGACACCAUCACGGACAUCGAGCAGGUGGACGAGGGCUGGUGGCGUGGAUCCUGCCAAGGCCGGCAUGGCCUCUUCCCAGCCAAUUACGUGGAGCUGCUUCCGUGAUGCUCUCCGUUGUAAUGUGGAAACUCUGUGUGCCCCAACCCCUCUGUGCCCACAACCCGGCUUCCUUCUGUUUCACACCGAUAGGCUCCAAUCCAGCCCCGGAGUGGAGAAGAGCUUGGCUUUCCCCUCGCAUGCAUCUCCCAAUUCAGUGAGAGAGAGAAAUUUGCUUUUCCUUCCGAGUACAGUUUCUGAAUUUGCUCAGGCUGCCUCUGGGCUUGAUGUUUCCUUCCUGUUCUUUCUUUCUGAGGGAACCGCAGCUGCCUAAUUCAGCUCUCCACAAAAUCAUAGGACUGCAGAGCUGGAAGGGACCCUGCGGGUCAUCUAGUCUGACCCCCUGCAGUGCAGGAAUCACAGCUACAUAAUCUCUGUUUGAAAACCUCCAGCAAAGGAAACCCCACCUCUAGAUCGCUCGAAGCAAUACAAUGAUGCACAAAUCAGAAACGCAGUUGGAAGUUUGAAAAUUCCGGGAAGGAGGCAGUGAAGUUCAAGGGGUAGAGUGGGUGUGCAAAACACAAGCUCAGCUGCCUUGCUCUGGGCAACCUCAGAUGCUGCAUCGCUGGAUCACACACACACACACACGCCUUGUAACGUAGGUAGAGGGUGUGGGAAUGUUAGGGAUGUGGAUUAGGAUAUAUUAUUAGAUAAAUCCUAUCCAAGCUUGUGUUAGCAAGCUUCCAAUAUCAGCAGAGUGACAUUCCCCUUUUGUGCGCAGCAAAGCGAGUGCGUUCAGGUUUGCUAAAACCUGUAAAAUAUUAUGCUUCCUGGCAAAGUCCCCUUUGUCCCUCUUAAAAGAAAUACACAACACAGUGUUUAUAAAAUAAGAUAGUGUUUACUUACAGUUUCAUCCUGAGUUAACAGCAUAAUCUCAGAAAGGCAGGCUUACGUAGAAAAGUUACAGAUAUAUACAUGUGGAGACUACUUAGUAAAGUAAGGCUCCAUCUGGUCUCUCUCUUGGCUGCAGGCCAAGAGGGAGAACCAUCCUAUCUGGAGAUUCUCUGGAGAUGUGUUCCCAUCGAAGGAGAAAAGGCUAAGAGAGAGAAUGGCUGCUGGCUAGGGGCUUUUGUCCCAGCUAAUCCAUCUCAUCUGCAUAUCUGGAGGAACAAGAACUUAGUCAGGUGUCCCUCCAGGUGAGUUCCUGUUAGUGGACACUCUAGGAACUGUUGUGACUUGUCUGUCCCAGUGUUCCAUCCCACAGAGGGGAAUCCCUGCUUCUUUUUUGUGUUGCUCAUCUUGCAAUGCUCUGCCAGGGGGAAAACAUGCAUGACUCAUCAUACAUGGUGUGCAUAAAAGGAUAAAAAAGAGAAUAAAGUCAUUUAUAUCAACUCAAAACUCUUGCAUGUGGUGGAUAGCAUAUGUCAGCCUUCUGCAGCUCUGCAGCCGUUUUGGACUAUAGUUCCCUCAGCCCCAUGCGGCUGCGAUGGCUGGUGCUAAAGGGAGCUGUGGUUCAGAGCAUCUGGAGGGCGCCAGGUUGAGGAAGGCAGUGUUCUGAGUUGGUGCCUCUCCAUUUCAAAAGAGUCCUCAGGGUUCCUAAGAAUACUCCCCCACAUUGAUCCCUCAGCUAUUAAAAAUGAAGUGAGACUUGUGAAGCUUUCACCACUCCUCUUUCUGAAGGUCUCACAAUCCCCACCCGGCUGUGGGCAGAUGCUUUUGGGUGGCCCUAAAACCUCCGUUAAUUUUAGGGCAUUGUUCACUUGCAACAGGCUUCCAGCAGCACAUAUUGGAAGACUCGCCAGCUUGCAGGAAGGCAAUUUUCUGACUCCAUUAAACACACGAACACAUUGUCACCACGCCUCCCCUGCGGUCUCAGGGCCAGAAACGAGAUCUGGGGCAACCGAGUCAGAUGGGCAGGGAAUAAAUAAUGAUCUUCAUCACCACCUCAUCAUAAAAGCCAAGCCAACGAACCAAAUCAAAGAUCACAGACACACCAUACAUUUAAAGUGCAUGGCUUGCCUCAAGGAAUCCUGU